UCAAACGAUAAACGACCCAAAUCGAAGAAGAAUGUCCAACAAUUCCCCCAUUUUCCCCAUCCCCGAUUCUCAACAUUUCAGCGACUAUGGCUUCGAUCCCCAAAUCGACUACUUUCAGGUUAUGGAGGAAGCAAGGAAGCAUAAGAGAUCAGAGACGUCGGCAAAAUCCUCAAUUAACGGGCUUCACUUCAAGCUCCAAAAACCCAUAUCAAAAGAUGACCCGACCCGAUCCACAAUGCACAACAAGAGGAAGAAACGGUGGUGGUGGAAGAAAGCUUUCCCUUUUUUCAAGUGGCGGAAAUGGCCAAUCUCCACCGUCUGCUUGAACGAGGACCGGCGGUCUAGGAAUUAUCGCGCCGUAACCGGGUCAAUGUCGAUGUCCGGUCCGAUUUACGCAACUGAGAGCCGGAGCGGGUCGAGUACACCGUACCGUAUGACGACGUUGAGUAGAUCUUCGUCGGGACCAAUAGCGGGAACACUGACGCCGGCGAGGAAGGGUGACGUGGCAAUCCCGUAUCUUAGCUUACGAGAGCUUACCAUGGAGCCGCAGCAACAGAGGAUUUCUACCUCUUCUUCUCCCAUUUACUUGGUCACGUAAAAAAAAGAAAAGGAUAUUUAGUAAAACAAAACUUUUCUUUUUGG